CGUCAAAAUUUCAAGAAACGACGUCGUUAUUGCGGGACAGCUAAUCCAGAUUGGAGAUCAGAAACGGAAGCUUCAGUGCGAGUCUGCACUCAAACCGUCCAUGGAGGAAUUGUUUCGAUGGCAAUAAUCCUCCAUCAAGACGACCAUGGAGAAACACAUUGAGAGCCUGCUCAACAAAUUUUCGAUUGCCGCAAUCACCAUAGCGACCUUCACUCUUUUAAUCGUCGCCCUCCAAACCCCAGAGACCUGCAUUCCUCCCAAUACCCCUCCGAAACCUCACCUCAGAUUCCCCAAAUCCUCCUGUGACUCGUCCCCUCGCCAGCAUCUCCCUCUCCACAAGAAGAACCUCCGCCUCUGGUCCUCCAAGUCAUGGCAGACGCGUGUCUCCUCUUACUUCCAGUUUUUCACCAAUCUCCAUCAUCUGGAUCUCCUCCACAACCAUUCCCGGGCCAUCUGUGUCUCUGCCGGCGCUGGUCACGAGGUCAUGGCGCUCCGAAAUAUGGGAUUGACCGACGUCACAGGCGUUGAAUUGGUCGAUUCGCCUCCUCUAGUGAAGCGUGCGGAUCCUCAUAAUCUGCCCUACUUUGAUGGGGUUUUUGAUUUUGCGUUUAGUGGGCAUUUCGAGGAGGCACUUUUCCCCGGAAGGUAUGCGGCUGAGAUGGAAAGGACAUUGAGGGUUGGUGGGGUGUGUGUAGUGGUUGUGGAUGCUAGUGGGGAUACGGAGGUAACGGAGAUAUCUGGGUUAUUCAAGAAUUCUAAGGUGGUCAGAGUGGAGAAUAUAACGUUGAUUGGAUCGAAGAUGACAGGGAUUAUAUUUCGAAGAGCUAAGACAACUUGAAUCUUUGGUAAUUUUCUUACUUUGAUUUCGAUGUUCAUUAUAUUCAUCGUUCGAGAAAUAUUGAACAGCUGUAAUUACUUCUGUUGAUGAUGUGAAGUUCGGAUAAUUUGAUGACUUGCUGUUUGUUGAUCCAAAGUCUAAUACUGUAUGCCUCUGUAUCACAUCACUAGUGUAAAAGCUUUGAUUUUGAUGAUCAUUCUCUUCAUUGUUUCUAGAAAGAUUGAACUGCUGUAAGCCUGUAAUACUUCUAUUGAUGAUGUGAGGUUUGGAUGAUGUGAUUAGUGA